GCCUGGGAAGCUCCAACCAGCUUGACACCUCACAAACACGUGUACGAAUACACCCUCGUCCGUGACGAACCCCAUUAACUCCAUCACAUUAAAACAGUCCCUGGCCCUGCUCGUGCUCCAUCUCCCUCUCAACGAAUACGCACCUCGCUCCAGCCCAUCCGCCCCGUCAUGCCGGCUUUGUAGCUCCCAUACCUUAAGCUUCACUGUGUCCGAGUUCUCCGAGAUCACACGAGCAUCGAGCUACUACUACACUGCUUGGAACCUACCAAUCAACACACAGGGCAUCUAUAAGAGCUGCCGGACCCUUUGAAAAUGCGGAUACGCUUGCCCUUUGCAGGCGUCUUCUUCGUCAUCCUCCUCAUCGCAGGCUACGCCGGCCUGACCUCCCUCCAGCUUGGUCAGUAUGUAAACGACAAAGUCCUACACUUCGGCACUUUCUUCGUCCUCACCACCGUCUUCUACUGGAUUCUCGAUACCAACCGCCGCCGCACCCUCAACCUCACCCUGACCGUCUGCACCUUCGUCCUGGGCGUCGGCUCCGAGUUCCUCCAGGGCUUCCUCCCCAACGGCCGCGAGUUCGACUUCUACGACAUCGUCGCCAACAUCGUCGGCUCGCUCGCCGGCCUGGGUCUCUGCUCGUGGUACCACAAGCGCAUGCUCGAGCGCAAGCGCCGGACUAAGACAUACCAGGCUGUCCCGGGGGAGGAUGACGAGGACGUGGAGCUCGGCGAGGGACACGAGACGGGGGUGAUCGAGUCGAGCGGCGCCAGGGACGGCGGUAGCGGCGUUGGCGACGGCGGGAGAACGCUCGAGGAGGUUGUGGAUAACUGGGACGAGAACCAGGUGGAUGACUGGGACGAGGACGACGGCGACGGCGACAUUGGCGGAGUCAAGGGGAAGGAUGUCGAGACGGGUGACAUUGGCGACUCCAAGAAGCGGGCUGACUAGAGCUCCGUUUCGUCGAAAAGAGAGUGAAAGUGUGCGAUACGAUGGAUGAGCAUUGAGUUACGACUUUGGCGUUUGGGGAGGCCCCUUCAUCCUAGCAGCGUCUUUUUUGUAGUAGAAGAAGAAAAGCAACACUCUUUCUCCUGAUCAAUUCCGGGAGCAUUGUCUUGUGUGAUUCAUAGUCUACUUACGAUUGUCCAUUUGUUCUGUGAAUUGCC